AUGGUCGCCGAACUUCUCACUAUCCGCAAUAACACCAGCACUCCGAUAAUCCUCAAGCGCAUUGAGCGCUUCGAGGCUCCCAAGGAGAGCAGAGGUGAUGACAUCGCCACAUUGGCAAAGAACUUCACCCGGGUGUUGACCAACAUAACUCGUACUGUUGAGCCUGUCAAGGCCAUUCACGUCGACACUCGUCCCUUCGAGGAGCACAAUGAUGUCGACAUCCGCGUGGAGCCCUUCACAACCAACAGGACUGAUCGAAAGACAUUCAUCAACUCCGAUAGGGAGCGCAUGCGCCUGACUUUUGAGGUCGAUGGCGAGCGUCACUCCAUCCAAACGCCUGUGCCAACUACAGAGUCGGCCACCAUGAAUUCCGAGUCCGAGAACCCCAGGUACCGCUUCACGGGCAUCUACGUGACCGCAGAGUCGCACCUGGCGAUCUUCUCCUCGGCUAACCUGAACGCAUGGAUGGGCGAGCUGCGCGACGAUACGCUGCUCUCCGCACUUUCCAUCCCUGGCACUCACAACUCGCCUACCUGCCACGUCGCCCCGCCCUCAGUGCGCUGCCAGGCCGUCAGCCCGCGCGAGCAGCUGAAGAAUGGAGUGCGUUUCUUCGACAUCCGCGUCCAGCCCCAGUAUCCCGAUGACCCUGCAAAGGAUGAACUGGUUCUCGUCCACAGCGUCUUCCCUAUCUCGUUGACCGGUAACAAGUACUUCCGCGACCUGAUGAAGGAAGUCAACGAGUUCCUGGAGCAGAACCCCUCUGAGACGCUCAUCAUCUCCCUCAAGCGCGAGGGUCCCGGUAACGCCAAGGAUGAGCAGCUUGCCAACAUUCUAUCGCGCCAUUACGCCCGUCCCGAUAGCCGCUGGUGGGUGCGGCCCAAGAUCCCGACUCUGGGCGAGGCCCGGGGCAAGGUCGUUCUCGUCCGUCGCUUCGAUCUGCCCGAUGAGCUCAAAGGAGAGCACGGCGGUAAUGGAUGGGGUAUUGACGCCGCUGCGUGGGCUGAUAACACCCCCAAAGCGACAUGUCCCAGCGGCCAUCUCUGUAUCCAGGACUUCUACGAGGUCCAGGAGACCACCAACAUCGAGAAGAAGAUCGAGUAUGUCAGGGAACAGAUUGAUCGGGCGAGUAAAUGCCGCUAUCCGUUCGGUGUGCUGCCCGGUCCGGUGGAGGCUCGCGAGUAUCCUUUUUACAUCAAUUUCCUUAGUGCGAGCAACUUCUGGAAGACCAAUACCUGGCCUGAGAAGAUUGCUGCUAAGGUGAACCCCGCCACGGUGGACUAUAUCUGUCGUCGCCCCACCGACGGGGACGGUGACUGCUCAACCGGUAUCUUGGUGACAGACUGGGUCGGUCUGGAUGGAGAUUGGGAUCUCGUGCGCUGCAUUGUCGGUAUGAAUGCCAAGCUGCGCUUGAGAGAGAACUAG